AUGCUGGUCAACAGCACCGCCCUGUCGCUGGCCAGCGUCACCUACAUCACCGUGGACAUCUUCAUCGGGCUCUGCGCCAUCGUGGGCAACGUGCUGGUCAUCUGGGUGGUCAAGCUGAACGCCAGCCUGCAGACCACCACCUUCUAUUUCAUCGUCUCCCUAGCCCUGGCUGACAUUGCCGUCGGGGUGCUGGUCAUGCCGCUGGCCGUUGUGGUCAGCCUGGGCAUCACAAUCCACUUCUACAGCUGCCUUUUCAUGGCCUGCCUCUUGUUGGUCUUCACCCACGCCUCCAUCAUGUCCCUGCUGGCCAUUGCUGUGGACCGAUACCUGCGGGUCAAGCUCACGGUCAGAUACAGGAGGGUCACCACUCACAGAAGAAUAUGGCUGGCCCUGGGCCUUUGCUGGCUGGUGUCAUUCCUGGUGGGAUUGAUCCCCAUGUUUGGCUGGAACAUGAAACUGAACUCAGGGCACCACAAAAACACCACCUUCCUUUCAUGCCAGUUCCGCUCGGUCAUGAGAAUGGACUACAUGGUGUACGUCAGCUUCUUCACCUUGAUUCUCAUCCCUCUGGUGGUCAUGUGUGCCAUCUAUCUCGAUAUCUUCUAUGUCAUCCGGAACAAACUCAGCCAGAACUUCUCUGGCUCCAAAGAGACCGGUGCAUUCUAUGGACGGGAGUUCAAGACAGCUAAGUCCCUGUCUCUGGUCCUCUUCCUGUUUGCUCUGUCCUGGCUACCUUUAUCCAUCAUCAACUGUAUGAUCUACUUUAAUGGUGAGGUACCAGAGGUUGCGCUGUACCUGGGCAUCCUGCUGUCCCACGCUAAUUCCAUGAUGAACCCUAUCGUCUAUGCCUAUAAAAUCAAGAAGUUCAAGGAAACCUACCUUUUGAUUCUCAAGACCUGUUUGAUUUGCCAUCCCUGUGAUUCUCUGGACCCGAGUCUUGAACAGAAUUCUGAGUAGUUAUCCGUGAAAGAUGACGCUCCAUUUCAAUGACUUCCAGACUUACCGUCAAUGAUCACUUGAGGUCCUCUCUGCCUGGGCCCAGGGGCUUUCUACAUCCUUGCUUCCUUCCACCGAGGUAAGAAGCAUUUGGCAAGUGACCUCCAAUUAUACCUCCCUAUCGCCUUCUUCCUCCACUUUAAUUUUUUUUUCUUGUCCUUUUCUGAUUCGAUUUUCUGGAGGCCUGACUUGAGGACAAUAUAUUAUGGAUAUUGUGGCCUGUGCUCCUCCUUCCCAAACAGAAGGAGAAGAAGUCAUGGAGUCUGAAGGGUGCCCCUUGUUGACUUACCGACAAAAGGCCCUGAUUGGGCAGGACGGGUACGUGGUGGUGACUUGGUUCCACAAUCUCAGUUCCAUGCCGCUGUGGAACUGAGCAGAGGACCUACUCUCAGAGGAUGCCUGGGAGAUGGUGGGAAAAGGAGUAAACUGCGUUUAAGGG